AUGGCAGACCCGCAUGACGCGGGACAUGAGCGGGAUGCAGCCUCCUUCGGCUUCGGAUCCGACCCUUUGGCGGGGGUGGUAGCCGUAGACAUGCCUGACAGAGAGCAGAGCUGGAGUGGCGUGCAGCUCUCCGCGGAUGACUUCACCCUGGCUCAGAAAUACUGUAAAUACGCCGGCAGUGCCCUUCAGUACGAGGAUGUGUCCACGGCCGUCCAGAAUCUGCAGAAGGCCCUCAAACUGCUGACCACGGGCAAAGAAUAA